GACUACCUGGUGUAGACGGUGCGACGGGCAUGCCAGGGUUACCAGGGGAAAGGGUCCUGUUGGGCCAUCAGGGCCUCCAGGGAAAGAGGACCUGAAGGGCCACAGGGUCCCGAAGGCAUUCCCGGGCGACCAGGUGCCCCGGGACCUCCAGGUGUUUCAACACCAGUGGUGUCGGGGGCUAGCCUCCCAGGCCCUCCAGGAACUCCAGGUGAAAGGGAAUGAAAGGCGAUCGAGGCUUUCCCGGGUUACCAGGUAGGGACGGCGUGGACGGCGUACCUGGAGCACCGGGACAGAUGGGACCUCCGGGACCCGCGGCGCCGCCUAGCGUGAUAGUCGAGAAUCCGUCGAUAACGGACAACGAGGUUAGAAAUAUUUGCGAAGGCAUUGUAAGAGAAAGAAUAAGCGAACUGCGAGCAUCAUUGGCGUUGGAUCCGACUCACUCGGUGGUCGGCAAACGAGGUCCUACAGGGAAGCCAGGACCUCCCGGACCGCCAGGAAAUCAAGGAUACACAGGAGAACCGGGGCCCCGAGGAUACCCGGGCGAAGCCGGCGAGCCGGGUAGACCGGGCAGUCCUGGAAUUCGAGGAGAUAAGGGUGAUAAGGGCGAAAGGGGACCUGCAGGACUGGGAUUACCUGGAAUAGAAGGACCGAGAGGACCACCAGGUCCUAUGGGUCCACCAGGACACGAAGGCAGGCCUGGUGAACACGGAAACCCAGGCAGAGAAGGUCACAUUGGACCUCGAGGGGUCCCCGGUCCGCGAGGAUCCUGCGACUGCCCCUCUCCAAUCUCCUACUACCCAUAUCCACAAGGUCUCGUAAAGGGACCCUAAAAGUUCCUUAUAGAAUAACCAAAAACUGCCAUUUAUGCUAGUUUCUAUAGAUUUUUAAAAUUGUGGAAAAUUAAUGACCAACAUUUUUAUGUAUACGAUUUUUUAUGUAUUUAUUUUAAAAAUAUGUACUUAAUAAAUAAUAUUUAUGAAAGU